GCAGACAUUGACCAAUUCUUCCAUUCCGGAAGGAGUUUCAUUAUCGGCUGCAAGAAACCCGUACACGCAGGAGAACGGAAAAAGUCAAAGCAAUCGGGCGUAGAAAUGGUGGAAUAUAGAUGUGAAUCGCGUGCAAUCGCUUCGGAAUUAUGGAGUUGGGCAUUGGAGCGAAAGCUUUUCUUUACGUAA